AUGGCUGAAUCGACGCAGUUAUUUGCUGGGCCUCCACCCAUUUGGCCCGAUAUUAGAUCAGAACUGCGGGAAUAUAUUGAAUGUCCUGAACGAUUACCUAUACAUCAAUUGGAUAAUACCCAAUGUUAUUGGCCACGUAAAGCAGAUGUCCUUUCCUUGCUAGAAUUUGAUUUAGCUCCCGUUAACACCACGCUUAAAUUUGACCGUGAUCCAAUGACAGGCAAGAUUGGCGAGAUACAAGAAAUUGACUUACAAGGUGCAGGGGAAACGGCAAGAAAUUCUAUGUCUAUGACUCGUGCACCUGGGUUACUUACAGAUGGAGUUCGAGGUAAUCCUAGCAAUAUUCCAUUUUGGCCUGGUGGUUUUGAAGAACCUAAAGUGCCUAAAAGUGAAGACAUGAAUGAUAUCGACUUUGAGAAGGAUUUAAGGACAUUAGCCAAAGGAUUUAGCUCAGGUUUAGAAUUUAAAAGUGAUAAUUGUACACCAAUCCAUUGCAUGAGAUACGAAGUAGAAGCUGCAACAUUAGAAGAAACUGAAAAAUUAAUAAUCAAAAAUGAUAACAUAAAUUUAAUGGCUGUUAUACACGAGGAAGGAAAUUUGCUUGGUUCAUGGUCUUCAGUUGAAGAGCCGAAAAAAGAAAGUGUUCAAGCUGUGGAUAACAACAUUCCCUUUAUAAACAAUUCCAUUUUACCCAAAGAAACAGAUAUACCUGUCUUGAAAAUAUCCGAGACACAAACAGAACUUACGAAAGCAGAAUGGGCAGAACAGCUGGAUGUAUCUGCACCAGUAACAGACUUUAACAAGAGAGUACCUGAUCCAGCAAUUACAUUCAGUUAUGAACUAGACACUUUUCAAAAGCAAGCUAUUCUUAAAUUGGAAGAAAACAGCAAUGUCUUCGUUGCUGCAGGAAAGACUACUGUUGCUGAAUAUGCCAUUGCAUUGAGCCAAAAGCAUAUGACAAGAGUAAUUUAUACAUCUCCCAUAAAAGCUCUGUCAAAUCAGAAAUAUCGUGAUUUUAAGAGAAAAUUUGAAAGUGUUGGGUUAUUAACAGGUGAUUUGCAAAUAAAUCAAACUGCUUCAUGUCUAAUCAUGACAACAGAGAUCCUACAAUCAAUGUUGUAUUGUGCAUCCGAUGUUUUACGAGAUUUAGAGUUCGUCAUAUUUGACGAAGUGCAUUAUAUAAAUAAUGAAGAUAGGGGUCAUGUAUGGGAAGAAAUAGUUAUUCUUUUACCACAGAGUAUUAAUAUAGUAAUGUUAUCUGCGACUGUACCAAAUCCAAUAAUAUUCGCGGAUUGGGUCGGUCGCAUCAAAAAGCGAAAAAUGUACGUGAUUAGCACUUUGAAAAGACCAAUACCUCUGUUACAUUAUUUGUAUACUGGCACUGAUGGCAAAACUAAGGAUGAUAAGUUCUUAGUUCUUGAUAGCAACAGCCAAUUUUUAUUGGAUGGAUGGUACAAAGCGACAAAUGCAUCCGAUAGAAAGAAAGACAAAACUUCGAAGGACUGUAGGAGAAAAAUUCAGAUGACGCCGAAACAAGAAGAAGUAUUAUGGAGAGCAUUUGUAAGCCACCUUCAGAACAAUGACAUGUUACCCGUUGUCGUAUUUACUCUGUCGAGGAAACGCUGCGAUAUGAAUGCUGCCACGUUCAGAAAUCUCGAUUUAACAACCGCGAGAGAAAAGCAUCAAGUACAUGUAUUUUUCCAACAUAACAUAAAACAUCUAAAGGGUAGCGACAGAGAAUUACCACAAGUACUUAUGAUGCAAGAGCUCCUGGAAAAAGGUGUAGGUAUACACCACAGUGGGAUAUUACCAAUUUUGAGAGAGAUCGUAGAAAUGUUAUUUCAAAGUGGAGUUGUCAAGUUACUGUUUGCGACAGAAACUUUUGCCAUGGGAGUUAACAUGCCGGCGCGCACGGUAGUGUUUGAUUCUAUACGAAAGUACGAUGGAAACAACUUUCGUACUUUGUUUCCAACUGAAUAUAUACAGAUGGCUGGCCGUGCCGGACGACGAGGUCACGACACUACAGGUACUGUUAUAGUGAUGUGCAGACACGACGUGCCGCACUUUAACGACUUGAAACCUAUGAUGUGCGGUGAACCGCAGACAUUGGAGUCGAAAUUUAAAGUCACAUACUCCAUGCUUCUUAAUUUGAGAAGAGUAAAUGAAUCUGUUACCGUUGAAGCGAUGAUGCGCAAAUCUUUCAAGGAAUCGCCGUUGGCUUCGCAAGAAGCGUCAUAUAACAACGAGUUACGGAAAAUCGAACGCGAAUUAUCGAAUUUGCCGCCUUUGACCGAAAUCCAAAAAAAACUCUCUACGUUCUAUCACCAAGCGGUUGAUUAUCUAGAAGAUGUUAAAUUCCUAAAUCCUUAUUUGCUUACCUCGAAGAAGGCAGCGAAAAGUUUAAUCGAGGGCAGAGUUUUGUUAAUAUCGUAUGCGGAUCAUUACAAUAAACUAGCCCUGUUAUUACAAGUUUUAUAUCACAAAAGCUCUACUCAGUACAAAGUUUUGAUACUUAAGGACGCGAAUGUAUCCACUUCCGAAACUACUGAUUUUAAAAGUCCUCAGAUAUUUGAGAAAUGGAGCGAGAUUAUUAGCCUAACGAAAAAAGAAAUAUUUGUACCAAGCAUUAAUCCAUCGCACGAAGUUUUGACUGUAUUUCCAUGGCAUAUAUUGAAGAUAACUAAUUGUCAGAUAAAAAUUGACUGCUCUUUGGUAUUGAAUGAUUGGGAAAAGAGGCAAAUCUCACGAUUCAAAAACGACCCACCAGGACAAACAUGUCAGACAGCGGUUCAAGAAUUGACUUCUCUAUCAUUUAAUGCUUCUACCAAUGCUCGCAUUCUACAACCAUAUAUCGAGCCCUCAUCGAAAAAUGAUUUUCAAUUAAGAAUACAACAUAGAAACAAAUUAAAAGCUAGUCUGAACGAUAUGAAAUGUAUGGAAAUACCAAACUUUGAAGAACAAUUUAAACCUGUAUUUGAACGAAAUCAUCUUGAAGAUAAAAAGCGGCAGCUUCAACUUAAACUCAGCGAUGAAGGAAUGGCGUUAUAUCCGGAUUAUCUGAAUAUGGUAGCACUUCUCAAACACUUUAGAUACAUAGAUAAUGAUGAAAGAGUCGCCCUCAAAGGGAGAGUCGCGCUGCAAAUGGGUAGUAACGAACUGCUGAUAACAGAAUUGAUUCUAAAAAAUGUGUUAACCGUUCUACAACCAGCAGAAAUAGCAGCGUUACUAUCAGCACUGAUCUUUCAGCAACGCACGGAUGUCGAGCCUCAACUCACACCAACUCUUGCUAAUGCUUGCAAAAUAAUGAACGAGGUGCACGCGGAAUUGGAACAUCUAGAGCAAUACUAUCAACUGUCAACAUUGCUACCACUGAAUUUCGGCUUAGUAGAAGUUGUCUACGAAUGGGCACAGGCCAAAUCAUUCGCCGAGAUCAUGAAGAUGACUGAUGUCCAAGAAGGAAUUAUAGUCCGUUGCAUACAACAACUUGGCGAAACAUUACGAGAUGUUAAAAAUGCGGCUGUGACCAUAGGUGACCCGAUUUUAAAAGAGAAGAUGGAGGAAGCAUCGACCGCGAUCAAACGUGACAUAGUGUUUGCUGCGUCCUUAUAUACCCAAGACUGAAUGAAUAAUUUAACUCUGAUGAAAUCGAUAUAUUUUUUAUAAAAAGAUCAAUCAAAUAUUGUUGAAAGUACAUUCUCUUUGCGAAAAGAUAUUCUACACCAUCUAUAAGGACGUAUGAUGAAC